AGUCGGACCGCCAUGCCGGGUCGACGGCCGAGGUUCUUGCCGCUCGCGGUGGCGGUGGUGGUCGCGGUGGCGGCGGUGGCGGCGGUCGCGGGGGCCGUGGAGCAGGCGGCGUGCCCCAGCCGGCCGCCCGCAGCGCGCUACAGCAGCAAGACAGCGUACCAGCUUGUCCACGACGGCGGCGUCGCGCCGCAAGACACGGUGCAAGGCUGCGACGCGGCGUACCUGUGGCACGUGCUGCGGCACGGCACGCGCUACCCCAGCGCCAAGGAGAUCGCCAAGCUGACGGCCGGGGUGGCGGGGCUGCAGGCCAGGAUCCACGCCAACUUGUUGGCGGGCAGGGUGACGCUGUGUCGCGGCGACGCGGAGCGUCUGCUGUCCUGGACGCUCAACGCCACCCUGGCGCAAGGCAACGACCUGCAGGCGCAGGGCCAGCGCGACCUGCUGGGCAUCGCGCGCCGCUUCAAGGCGCGCUACCCGGCCUUCUUCGGCCGCCACGCGCGCGACGCCUUCACUUUCCGCAGCACGGACGCCCGGCGCACGCUGGCCAGCGCGACCUGGUACGGCCGCGGGCUGUUCGACGAGGACGUCGCCGCCGUGGUGGACAACGGCCUGCUCAAGUUCUACGAGAACUGCCCCGCCUGGGAGGCCGCCGUGGACGCCAACGCCAGCGCCCGCGCCGAGGUCACCAAGUUCCAGGACGGCGCUGUGGUCAAGGCGGCGGUGGGGCGCGUCAGCGAGCGGCUGGGCUUCGAGCAGGCGCUGGACUACGACGACGUGGAACUGCUGUGGGAGGCAUGCCGCUACGACCAGGCGUACCCCGACGAGGAGGCGCCCUGGUGCACGGCCUUCGACCAGGAGGACCUGCUGGUAUUCGAGUACCGGGCCGACAUCAAGUACUACUACGUGGGCGGGUACGGCAACGCCAUGGACCUGCAGCUGGGCUGCCCGCUCGUCAAGGACCUCGUCGACAAACUGAGCGCUUUCGAGGCCGGGGACACCGGCCGGCGGGGCAACGCCUACUUCACGCACUCCACCGCCAUGCACCUCACCAUGGCGCGCCUGGGGAUAGGGCGCGACGCGCUGCCGCUCACGGCCGACUCGUACGAGGCCAUGAAGACGGCCAGGAAGUGGAGCAUCUCCGGCCUGGGGCCCUUCGCCGCCAACAUCGCCGUCGUGCUGUACGAGUGCCCGAGCGGCGAGAAGCACAAGCUGCGCAUGUACGUCAACGAGCGGCCGGUGGCCGUGGAGGGCUGCAGCGCCCCCGACGCCCUCUGCUCCUGGAGCGACUUCAAGCAGCGCUUCGCGGCCGUGGCCAGCGCCUGCACCCUGGACUUCUGCGAGCGGAGCGCGGCGGCCUCGGCGCGGUGGGCGACGACGGCGAGGGUCUUGGCCACGGCCGUCGUCGCCGCGCCGCUCCUCAGCAUCACAAUCAGAUGACGGCCAAUAAAUCGCGGGGUUAUUUACUUUUUGUAA